AUGGCGACCUCCCCCGUCCUGCAGAAGGAGACACUGUUCCAGUCGGGAUCUCAUGUCUACAGAAUCCCCGCUCUGCUCUACCUGCCUCGGCAGCAGACGCUGCUGGCCUUUGCGGAAAGGCGGGCAAGCAAGAAGGACGAGCACGCAGAGCUGAUCGUCCUGCGCAGAGGCAAUUACGACGCCUCUACCCACCAGGUGCAGUGGCAAGCUCAGGAGGUGGUGACCCAAGCCCAGCUGGAGGGCCACCGGUCCAUGAACCCGUGCCCCUUGUACGACGAGCAGACAGGGACCCUUUUCCUCUUCUUCAUUGCCGUCCGGGGGCAGGUGUCUGAGCACCACCAGCUCCUCACCAGGGUCAAUGUGACACGGCUGUGCCAAGUCACCAGCACCGACCACGGGAGGACCUGGAGCCCUGCCAGAGACCUCACCAGCUCCGCCAUUGGCCCAGCCUACAAGGAGUGGGCCACUUUUGCAAUCGGCCCGGGGCACUGCCUGCAGCUGCACAACGAAACCCGGAGCCUGGUGGUGCCCGCCUAUGCCUACCGGAGCCUGCACGUCCUGCAGAGGCCUCUCCCCUUUGCCUUCUGCUUCCUCAGCCAUGACCACGGGCACACCUGGCAGAGGGGGAACUUUGUGGCCCCGGACACCCUGGAGUGCCAAGUGGCUGCUGUCAUGGCCAGUGGACAGAGCAUGGUAUAUCUCAACGCCAGGAGCCCGGGCAGAGCCAGGGUGCAGGCCCAGAGCACAGAUGGUGGCCUGGAGUUCCAGGAGGCCCAGGCCGUGCCCAGGCUCGUGGAGCCCCCACACGGCUGCCAGGGCAGCAUCGUCAGCUUCCCCGGCCCCGACGCGGGCCCGGGCUUCCCAGCCAGGUGGCUGCUCUACUGUCACCCGACAAACCCGCACCAGAGGUCCGACCUGGGCAUCUACCUCAAUGCGCGGCCCCCAGCGCCCGAGGCCUGGUCGGCGCCUGCCCUGCUGGCCACCGGCGCCUGCGCCUACUCAGACCUGCAGGACCUGGGGACCGGCCCUGACGGCUCCCCCCAGUUCGGGUGUCUGUACGAGUCGGACACCUACGAGGAGCUUGUCUUCCUCCUGUUCACCCUGAAGCAAGCCUUCCCCGCCCACACCCGGGCACCAUGA